AUGUCGACCAACAAGGGCGGAGGUGGAGGGAAGAAGAAGAAGGAGGUGAAGAAGGAGACGAAACUGGGGAUGGGGUACAAGAAGGAUGAUAACUUCGGGGAGUGGUACUCCGAGGUUGUUGUUAACAGCGAAAUGAUUGAGUACUAUGACAUCUCUGGUUGUUAUAUCUUGAGGCCUUGGGCGAUGGAAAUAUGGGAGUUGCUGAAAGAAUUUUUUGAUUCGGAAAUAAAAAAGUUGAAGCUGAAACCGUAUUAUUUCCCUUUGUUUGUUACGGAGAAUGUUCUGCAGAAGGAGAAAGACCAUAUUGAGGGCUUUGCCCCUGAGGUAGCAUGGGUUACUAAAUCAGGAAAAUCUGAUCUGGAAGCUCCUAUUGCAAUCCGUCCAACAAGUGAGACGGUCAUGUAUCCAUACUUCUCUAAAUGGAUAAGAAGCCACCGGGACUUGCCUUUGAAGUGUAACCAGUGGUGCAAUGUUGUUAGAUGGGAGUUUAGCAAUCCAACUCCUUUCAUAAGGAGCCGUGAAUUUCUUUGGCAAGAAGGCCAUACAGUUUUUGCAACUAAAGAGGAGGCAGAUGAAGAGGUCCUCCAAAUAUUGGAACUCUACAGGAGAAUAUAUGAAGAAUUUUUAGCAGUUCCAGUGUCCAAAGGGAGGAAAAGUGAGAUGGAAAAGUUUGCUGGUGGACUUUAUACAACCAGUGUGGAGGCCUUCAUUCCAAAUACUGGCCGUGGUAUACAAGGUGCAACUUCCCAUUGUCUUGGUCAAAACUUUGCAAAGAUGUUUGAUAUCACUUUUGAGAAUGAAAAGGGUGAACGGUCCAUGGUGUGGCAGAACUCUUGGGCAUACACUACCCGCUCGAUUGGAGUCAUGAUAAUGACACAUGGUGAUGACAAGGGCUUAGUGCUGCCGCCAAAGGUGGCACCUAUCCAGGUCAUUGUUAUUCCUGUGCCAUUUAAAGAUGCUGACACAACAGCUAUUAAAGGGGCGUGUGAGUCGGCCGUUUACACCUUGAACCAAGCUGGGAUUCGAGCAGAUUUGGAUGCUCGUGAAAACUACUCUCCAGGUUGGAAAUAUUCUCAAUGGGAAAUGAAAGGUGUUCCUUUGAGAAUCGAGAUAGGUCCAAAAGAUCUGGCGAACAAGCAGGUGCGUAUUGUCCGACGAGACAAUGGUACAAAGGUUGAUAUUCCUUCAACCGACUUGGUUGAGCAGGUUAGAGUGUUGCUGGAUGGGAUUCAAGUAAACUUGUUGGAAACAGCAAAAGCAAAAAGAGAUGCAUGCAUUGAAAUCAUCAGCACCUGGGAUGAAUUCAUAGCGGCUCUCAACAACAAAAAGUUGAUCUUGGCUCCAUGGUGUGAUGAAGAGGAGGUCGAGAAGGACGUGAAAGCUCGGACCAAAGGUGAACCGUGUGCUUUGCUUCCGGAAAGCCUGCUCAAAAGUGGUCAUUCUGGGGUCGCAGCUAUUGAUCUCUGUGUUAUGUCACCUAUACAUUGCCAUUUUCGUGGAUCUUUUGGUCUGGCAAAGCUGUUUAUUAUACUACCUGAUUUUUGA